AUGCCCAGGCUCAAAUCUCAGACCCCUCCAAGCCCUCAGUUGGUGGCAAAUGUUGAAUCUGAGAACGAAAACGACAACCAAGUCCAGAAUCCAGAAGACGAAGAACAACGCUCACAGGUUAGUGGUGUCGAUAAAACCUUGAAUAGCACUGACAAUGAGAUCGAGGAUACCCAGAUUCCUUCAAUCAUCAAAUCUGAGGCUGUAGUUGAGGAUACAGUUUACCCAGAUACGACGGUAGAAGAAGAAGAAGAUGAUGAUGAUAUAGUCGACCUAGUACCAUCAGUCAAUCACAUCGACAAUACCACCAAUGAUUUGAACCAGAAUGUCAAUGAAGACGACACAGCUGAUAGAUAUAUAAACUCUGAACAGUCGUCUCCUAGACCCGACGACCCCAAAAAUAUAUCUGAGCUUGACUGGACCACAAUUGAAAAGGCAACAGUCGAGUUGCAAAGAAACAAAUCUCAAGAACAAACUCAGCAUAGCCCGUGUGAAGCAGACACUAACAACCAAGAACAAGAAGAAAAUGAUGAGGAUAACGAUACUUCCAUUUUUUCAGAAGUAAACAAUAUAGACGCUGCAACAGUCGCUGCUGCGGCUGCAGCGGCUGCUGCUGCUUCUGCAUCUGUUGAAAAGACUCCUAGUGCUGGUGGUGACCAGAUUGGUGCUGAAGCUCUCUUGGACCUCGGCAAACAAAAUGCUUCCUACAUUGAAGAAGAUAACGAUCACGAUGAAGAAAUGACAGAAGAUAAUAAACCUAUUGAAGAUGGUGAUAAACCUAGAGAAAACUCAGCUGAUCUGGUAUAUUCCGAAGAUGCCAGUACCAACUCAUUUCGUACAAUCCCAUUGACAGAUACCUCAGAUUCAGCAUACAAGCAGGCUUAUUCUCAUGAUGAUUUAGUCAUCUCUGGACCAUCUUCCAAGAAACAACGUCGCUCAAACUCAUCUUCAUCACUCUCUACCCCUGCAACUGCUGCUGCCACUGCUGCUGCCGCUGCCGUGGCUGCUGCUGCUGCUGCUGCAAACUCCACUGUCACAUCAUCUUCAGCGCCAUCUCAGAUCGAAGCUGACCUCCAUGAAUUGCUCACUAACCCAGAAAAUACAAACUGGCAACGGUUCUACGCUGACUCACUAGGCACUACAGUUGACUCAGCUCAGGAUUCGCUUCCUAUGCUUGUUGACAACUCAACUUCCAUUCAAGCAACUUCAGCAUCCCGCCCACUCUCUACCUCGGUUAGUUCUCCCAAUAUCCCAGGCACACUUUCUUCAGAGCCUAACCUAACGGCUUCAGCUCCUAAAAAACGUGGAAGGAAACGCAAAACCCCGCUUCCUCCAUUACCUGCUAAAAAUCAUGCUCCUUCUGCAUCCACAGGCAAUGUUGACCCGGCCCUUGCUCAGCUAGACAUCAGCGCUGCCGCUGCUGCCGCUGCUGUUCAAUUUGCAAAGGAACCAACUUCACAUAUACAAGAAGCACCAUUUACUAAAGAACAAACAGUUCUUUUAGAAGAUGCAAUGAUGCAUGCUAGCGCCAUAGUGCGCACGCUUGGUUCUGGAUCUCAGUCAAUCUACGAUGAUAGUACUAGGGUCAUGAGCGAAGAUGAAAAGCCCAAACGAGGAACUUCUAAACACCCUCAAUCUACGACUCGUGAGCAAACAACUGUAAAUAUUUCAGUCUCAAAUGCACCCUCGUCAUCUUCUUCAUCUUCUUCCUCUUCUGCUCAACAAACUGACGCAGAUGCCCAAAACACUUCAGCCGCGUCUAACGAGUCUAACACUGGGUAUAUUUUUGACGAGGCUUUACGUAUAUCAGGCCAAAUCAAAUAUCGUGAGUCCACUGCGGAAGGGGAUGACCGAGUAGCAAAUGCUUUUGAAAACGAGAAGCUCUCUGGUGCUCCUGGAGCUGAUGCAUCUACAUUUUACUGGACCCAGCAACAACAGCAACAACAAAAUUCUUAUGAUGAUCAAUCCGGUACUACUACUUCUACUACUAUCACUAAUACUGCUAUAGUAGAAGUUCAGUUGUCUCCAGUCGUUAGAGGACGACGGCGGCGCGGAGCUCAGCGCUCAAAUGGAAUGACAAGAGAUUCUGCUGCUGCCGCUGCCGCUGCCGCUGCUGUGGUGGCUGCUUCUGCAGCAGACAAUGAGGUGGUAGGCAGUACGAGCCACGGAAUGCUUCGACAGCGUCGUUCCAAAAGAUUGGCUGAAAACUCUGGACUCACUGACGGGCUUUCUGAAACUAUUGCCAAAAUGGAGCAUGAUACGCAGCAAUCAGUUCCUGGCUCUGAAAUUAUUGGAGAACAAGGCUCAGCGGUCUGGCGGUCACAACCUAUAAUUCCUGAGCGUGGCGGUAACUUUUCACCCCACGAAAUGACACAGAUUGAUAACUUUAUGAGCCGAUACUGUGUGCAGAACCAUAUGACACGAGAAGCGCUCUGUCGACGAGUCUGGUCUAACGAGCGUAAAAAGGAUAACUUUUGGGAUGAGGUCUCGGUGGUUCUGCCACAUCGUUCACGCGCAUCGGUUUACAAGCACAUUCGACGCGCAUACCACGUCUUUCAAGCUCGAGGGAAAUGGACCCCGCAAGAAGAACAGUUGCUGGCCAAGCUGUACGAGGAAAAGGGCGCCCAAUGGAAGGUUAUAGGUAUCGAGAUGUGUCGCAUGCCUGAGGAUUGUCGUGACCGCUGGCGCAACUACGUGAAGUGUGGAUCUAACCGUGUUCAAAACAAAUGGAGUCAGUUGGAAGAGCAGCGCUUACGCGAAGCCGUGUCGCAAGUCAUGUCCCAAUCAACAGACACAGAUAUCAACUGGACUUUGGUUUCCGAGCAUAUGGGUGGUACACGCUCGCGGAUCCAAUGUAGGUACAAGUGGAAUAAGAUUAUGAAGCGUGCUACUACAGCCAAGAUUGAGGCCAUGAUGAAUGACGACAAGCUUUCUCUUUUACGCUACAUUUUAGAAAAUGGUUACGAAGAUGAGUCUCAGGUUGAUUGGGAAGGCUUUGCAGCCAUGGAUUCACGCGGUUUUUGGAGUGGUAAAGAACUUCAAAUGGCUUUUGAUCGUCUUAAGUAUAAUACUGUUGACCCAGUUAACCGACCUUUCCGCAGUUUAGUCCAAGAUCUUUUCGAAGACCUAGCUAUGCAAACAGAGUCACAAAAAGAUGGUACCAGUAAUGGCACUAGCACUGCUGGCAGAAAUAGUGGUGUAGUUAUUGGUGUUGGAAACGAUAAUGACAGAAACAAUCACCACCAUCACGAACUUUCACACGAGCUGGCAUCUCCACAUCACCAUCAGCAUGGCGAGGAUCUAUCCCAGGUUCGGAGUGAUACGCAUAACACUGAUGACAUGCUUGCUUCGUCCCUGUCGGCGUCUUACAUGCCGAUGCAGCUAUCAGAAACACUGAAUGAUUCUCUUUUGACCUCUUCUUCCAAGGCUGCAGAAGCAGCUGGACUCAACAACGCCUACGACAUAAAUACUGCUCACAAUCACCACCACUUGGAAAAAGAUGCUGAUAAGGAUAAACGCGAGAGUUUAACGGAAACUGCAAUGCAAGAAAAGUCCCAUACCCCUGGCCAAGAAGAACAGGUUACCAAGCACCACGAUGAUUAUGUGGACACUGGUAACGAUAAUGCAGAUGAAGAUGGAUCACGACGACGGGCCGCCCAAGAUGACAUUCCCUCGCAAAAAGAUACAGAGGAAGAUCUAAUGGCUGUAGCCGCUGCAGCAAUGCAACAAAGUGUAUAA